GUUGCACGCGCGCCGCACACGAGCACAAGCGGCGGCAGAGCUGCGACAGGUCUGGAGUUUUCAAGGAGGGAAAAAGGCAGGAGCGAGGAGGAAGGAGUAACGAUGGCGGGGAAGGAAUGACAAGUUUGAAAGUGUGUGUUACACCGGGAAGGGAAAAGUCGAACGAGACUGUAUAGCAAGGCACGUUAACUGAAGAUGUCCGCCGCCCGCUCGAUGAAACAAUGCUCCGGAGAAACUCAGCACCUUAUGGCUUCAUGCAAGUAGAAAUAAAACACAUGAGCUACAGAUACUAAUCUAAACCGAAUUUGGAUCCGCGUUUCACUGCAUUAGAUCACAAGGGAGUGUGUGUGUGUGUGUGUGUGUAAAAUGAUCAAAACUGAGAGCAAAGGCGAGAGGACUCUUAGGAGCGCGUCUCCUCACAGAAACGCGUACAAGGCGGACUUCCACGCCAUCAAGUGUUCCUUUGACGGAACCAAGUCCGACAUCCCGUCCAAGUCCUGCGCUAACGGCGCCUCCGGUGAGGCUCGCGAGGACCCAGCCAGGGGACGCAACUUUGGCAACCGGGUCAACAAGAUCAAGAAUAUUUUCCUACAGCUGGACAGCCAGCAACUGCAGGAGAACCAGGAUGGAAAAGCCGCAGCGAAGGCAGAUGCACCUCAAAUCUCCUCACCCCCGAAGUUCCCAGUUAGUGCCACGCACAAGACCAGCCCGACCAGCCCGGAUCCUCAAAAUGAACGAACCCCAAAAGGAGAGGACCCCGAGAUCGACAAAGCGGCCUUGGCCGAGAAGUUUUCUGUGACUAGGAAACUGUUCGAGAGGGGUAUAAAGGACCAGCCUACAGUAGAGAGACAGACCCCGGGCAGGGCCUCUGGACGCCUUUCACAGGGUAAUGUGUGUGAAGAAAGGAGAGCAACCCCGAAACCUGUAGGAGCUUCUGAAAAUAGCAGCAACAACAACAUUAGUAAAGCAGAUUGCAGCCCUGCUUCACCAGAAAACAAGGAUACUGAGGACGUAAAGCAGGGCAAUCGAUUAUUAAAUGCAGGACCUAUAUCGAGAAGACUGGAAAAUUUCAUGGCAGAUAGCGAUAAUGGAGAAUUAGCAAGAUCAUCAGCUAAAACACCAGAGAAAGUGUGUAGCCCUACAGAAAGUUCAGGACCUACAUCUCCUGUACGAGACGACGCUCACAAACCGACUUCACCUUUGAGUGACCACUUCCAGAAACCAUUCUCCCCCACUCAUUCCAAACCAGUUCGCUCACUGACAUCACCAACCAGUUGCUCUUCAUCCUCUCUACCAUCUUCUAAACCCACUUCCCCUACCACAAAAGACAGUAAUGAGAUCUGCAUCCCCACUUCGAGACAUCCAUCCUCCUCCGUUGAGGGUUUUAAUAAUUCUCGCACAGUCACAGAGGAAAUCAAACCCACCCCUGUUUCUCCUAGAGAGCAAAAGUCUUCAAGUUCUAGCAGCAGUUUUUACAACAAGGUCGAGGGUCCGGAGGUGGCUAAGUGUGAAUCUGUUAUGUCGCGGAGGUCGUCUGGAGAGGCUUUACCUCGGUCCCCGCCAAAUGUAGAUCCUACUGGGGCAGGAGUGGUCCGUGCAGAGCUAGUUAGAGUCCAGAACGAAUCUUCAGAAAGCGAGGAGAAUGAGGAGGACUGUGUAUUUGAAGAGCUGACGCUUAAAAGGGAGCUGAGCCCCGACCCACUGAGAGGAGGUUUGCAUAGAGGAGCUUCAAUUCCAUCAUCUCAAGAUGACCUUCAAAAGGUCACGGAGGUCAAGCAGCAGGAAAAGGUAGUUUCUCAGUCAGAGGAGUGUCAGCUAGAGGAUCAGGAAACCGAGUUGGCAAAGGAGACUGAUGAACAGUGUGAUGAAGAGGAGGAGGACGAUGAAGAGAGUGAACAGGAUGAAUCUGGAAAAACCUCACCAGUGUUUUAUAGUUUUGAAAAUGCAGCAUUUGUGGAUGAUAAGGAGACAGGUCCUUCUGAGAAGGAAGAAGAAGAAGAAGAGGAGGAGGAGGAGGAGGAGGAGGAGGAAGAGAAUGAUGAUCAGAACUAUGACUAUGAGUAUGAUGAAAUUACUGGUCUCUCAGAGGAUGAAGACUGUUCACCCAGGAGGGCGAUACGCUUCUCUAACGCACCAAUACGGGUCUUUACCACGUACUCAAAUGAAGAUUAUGACCGACGCAACGAUGAGGUGGAUCCCGUGGCAGCCUCUGCUGAGUAUGAACUGGAGAAGCGUGUGGAGAAGAUGGAUGUAUUUCCAGUGGAGAUGGAGAAAGGUGAUAAUGGGCUAGGUAUCAGCAUCAUAGGAAUGGGGGUGGGAGCUGAUCAGGGGCUGGAAAAACUUGGCAUCUUUGUGAAGACCAUCACAGAAGGAGGAGCGGCUGAGAGAGAUGGAAGGAUCCAGGUGAACGAUCAGAUCGUAGAAGUCGACAGCAUCAGUCUGGUGGGAGUGACACAACUUUUUGCUGCUACAGUCCUCAAGAACACAAAGGGAACAGUUCGCUUCCUGAUAGGUCGAGAGAAACCAGGGACCCAGAGCGAAGUGGCGCGGCUGAUCAGUGAGACGCUGGAGCAGGAGAGACACCAGCAGCAGCAGAGACUGGAGGAUCCAUAUGAACAGUCCACAGAGGAGGAUGAACACUACGAGGAGGAUGAAGGAGAGGAAGAUGGGAUUGUAAGCUCAAGUUUCGGGAGGAGGUCCGUAGAGCUGUAUGAUUUACCCGAGAAUGAAAGGAUGUUCUUGCCAUCAAAUAUGGAUGCUGCUCAGCUUAGCUUCAAAUUUAAGGAGCUCCAGAUAAAGCACAGCAUAGCAGAGGCCGAAGUCAAUCAACUUAAAGAAAAAUUGAAGGAGUCUGAGAAGGAAAGAAACGCAUGGGAGCAACGUCAAGAGCAGCUGGAGAAAUGUAUUGUGGAGAACUCCGAAAGAAUCAACUACAUGGAGAAAAACUGGCUGGAUGCUCAGGCUCUCUGCAAAGCUCUUAAUGAGCAACUCACAGAAUCUCAGAAUCAGCUUGAAGCUUUGGACAAGAAAUACAGUAAAUCCAGGAAGCAGCUCAAGGAGUACCAGCAAAAAGAACUGGACUUUGUGAUUAGGGAAGAGGAACUGAAGAAGAUUAUGGAGGAAAAGGAAAGCUGUUACAAAGCCCAGAUAGAAGGCUUACAGAAGAAAGUUGAGGAUUUGGAAUCCGGUGCCAAGCCUCAAGACAAUACAGUAGAAAACUGCACGGAAGAGUCUUUGGAUUUAAACGACAAACUAGAAGACGCUCUUUUACAAGAUACUGACUGGAGUGAUGUUGUGCCGGAGACUAAGCUUUUGGACUCGAGUGCCCAUCGGGCCAAAGGCCUUCUAGCACAAAAGUCCAGACGGCAGCCACCAUCUCGCAUUAAAAUCAGAGACACUAUCAACUCUCCUGCAUGCCUUUCUCAGGAUGACGAGGAAGAGUCUCAGGGUCGUCCACAUCGUAGGAGGUCACUACAGGAUAGUCUGUCCCUGCCAGUGUCCAUCUCUUCAUCAGCUAAAGGCCAGACGGAGGAACCUGGCCAUGCACCUCUUUUGGGCACCUCUAGGAGCACCACAGAGCUCUCCGCCCCUCUGUCUUCCCCAGGAACCAGUACAGAGUGUUCCUCCAUUUUCCCAUCAACUUCUUCCCCCACUGGCUUUCUUCGAAAUGUCAAGAAGCGAGAGUCCAAAGGAAAAGGCAAAGAGGUCAAAGAAGACCCCAGUGAUGGAGCAGGAAAAUCUAAAAGGCGAUUCCCUGAUUUUGGUGGUCUCAGGAAGUCGGGUGGGAAAGGAAAGAAACAUGACAAAGACUCAAUGAGAGCAUCGUUGGACAGCAGAGGUUCAGCAGAGCUGCUGGAAGAGUCAGGCCCAAAUGUUUCACCCUCAGCGUCAUUGGCGUCCAACCCGACUUGCAUGCCUUUCUCUUGGUUCGGUGAUAAGGACAAAGAAAAAGACAGAGAGCCUUCAUCUUCUACCAGCAGUCUCCCGCAAACAGCAGCAGAAUCCAGUGAACAGCAGGAUCGCAAAAACAAGAGCAUAACAGUGCUAGAUGAUUCAAAACCAUGCAGUCCGUGUUCAGAGUUAGCAGGGCUAGUGGCAGAGCCCAACCUGUCAGGCCGAGCUCACACUUUAACCUUCUCUUCCAGUGAGACUCUAGAUAAUGAGCCUUGCUCCGUGGGGAAGGACUACCAGUGGCAAAACCGCCCAGUCUCAGAGUGGACAACUCAGCAGGUGUGCCAUUGGCUGAUGGGCAUGAACAUGGAUCAGUACACUUCUGAGUUCACUCAGCAGGGUGUGGAUGGACUGCAGCUGAUGAAUUUGGACAGUGAUAGAUUGAAAGUUCUUGGAGUCUUUAGCCAAACUGACCGUUCCAUGAUUAAGAAGAAGCUUAAGGACAUGAAAAAAGCCCAGGAGAAACUGGAAAAACAGCGUGAGAAGCGUGACAAAGAAGCCAGGCGAAGUGGAAGACUUCCAGGCAACAAUGACUCUAUCUGUUGAGGGCACCCUAAUCUCUUUAUAGGUCUCUUGCUCCAUUUUCCUUUUUAUUUCUACUUCUUUGAAGCACUGACGCACUCUGGUGUGUGUGUGUCAAGCAGGCAGCUGAUGUCCAUUUGCUGUUUAAUUUUACAGUUAUCUGCAGGUUAGACAUGUUAACAAGGCAAUGUAAAAUUAAUCCAUAGUUUGUUCAUAGGAACUAAUGUGCAGAGCAGGUACAUAUUAGAUCUGUGUGUAGCUUGACCCUAACGCACAAGUACGUUUCAUAUCAGAAAAUAUCAGAUUUAAGCAUUACAACACUGUCAAAUUCUUCACCUGGCUCUUUGAACCUAAAGGGCUCUGUGCUUUUUUUUUUUUUUUGCCAAAAUGUUAGUUUAACUUACUGAUACAACUGAGACCAAUUGUAAGGCUGUGGUCACUGCUUACAGGAAUGUGUUACAGCCAGUGUGGACCAAAUAGAUGAUUGUGAGUUCUCUUUGCUACCUUCAUGAGAUUUUACUGUAUUUUAUAUGCACAAAAAAUUGAGAGAACAUGUUGACAUUUAAAUGCCACUUAUUUUGUAAUUAGUAAUGAUUUUAUUACAUCUUUCUAUCUCUUUUUUUUUUUAUAGUACAACCAUCUUUGUUACCUUCUUUGCUAGAACUGUGUACAGUCCUUAGGUGAAAGCACUAUAUUUGUCUUUUAAGAGGCAAACAGUGACAUGGUUUUUAAAUGUACAAAUGAAAUAUUUUAUACGUUUAUUAACUUCAGAAGAAAAAACAUUAUUCAUUAAACUUUUGAACACAUUUUCUACUGAGUAGAAUAGCUCAUAGUGUAAGACCAUUUUGCAAUUUAUAAACGGCAAAACGUGAAAUUAUUAAGGUAUUGCUGCAGUUUGUUUAACUGUGCUGUUUAUGGUAAUACUUUUUAUAUCUUAAAUGACGAUCUACAAAGAUCCUAUAUAGCAUACCGCUGAUUUAGGAUUAAAGCAGGGUACUGAAUUGAGUUAAAAGACUUCGAUUUUUGAUGUUGUGUAAUAUUUUAUUUUGUCUUACCACCUGCUAUGAUGCGUACUAAAUAUUAGUUAUACAAUUGGCUAAGCCCCAAUAAAGUUCCUGUUUAAAUGGAUUUUAAUUGUUUCAAUACACCAUUUUAAAGGACCACGAGGAAAGACUAAUAUCCAGUGAUUUCUCUGGUACGACUAAACAAGCUGCACCAAUAAAUUUAUUUUCACAUGUU